AUGGCCAACACUAAUUUCGCUGUCGACUGGGCAGUGGCACAAGGUGCAAAUGGCAUUGAAUGUGAUAUUCAUUUUGACGGUAGUGGGAAUCCUUCUAUUAUUGAGCAUGGUCCUGGUUGUGACUGUGGCUGUGCUACGGGAAAUGAUCACAUUUGUGUGGCUCUUCAAGGUCGAUGUUCAGGCUCCAAAGCUAGGGAGAAUCCUGCAACUUACAUGCAAAACAUCGCACGCCAUGCUGGUAUUGCUCUUUUCUUUGUGGACUCCAAAGUUUCUGCUCGCAUGGGACAAACGUUGGUUAAAGCAGGAAAAAAUCUCAUUUCCUUCAUGGACAAAAAUUUGUUUGAUUAUGGCUAUAAGGGAAAGGUUGUUAUCUCAUCAGCAUCAUUCAGUACAUUUGCUUACGUUCAAGCAGCAGCAAUAGCAGCAAAAGGAUCACGGAAUUCGCACCGUUAUUUCUUCACGGUAGAUCAAGAAGGAAACAACUAUGAAGGUGUGAUGAAUAAGAUGUGUCCAGUUACAAAUAAUAGAGUUUACGGUACUGGUACUGGUUCGUGUGGUGAAGUCGUGACUUAUUACGAUGCUAUUAAAGCUGCUGUGGCUGGCAAGAAGCAAGGUGAAAAUGGAAAACGAUAUGAUGUGGUUCGAACGAUUGAACCUGAAUCAGGUCCUUGGGGUGAAUUUACUAAUACGGUUUAUUGUAAUGCAAAUACGUGGGCAAUAGGUUUUCGACAACGUGUCGAGAAACCAUGUGAUAAUUGUGAUGAUACUGCUUUGAAUGCAUUAGAAUUAUUGUGUGCAAAAAAAGAUGGAACUUCUGUUAAUUCAAUUAAACCACACAGCGGUUUUUGGGGUGAUUGGAGUAAUGUCGUUCGUUGUCCUGGAAGCAAUAACUUUUUGAAAGGUGUUUCAUUCAAAAUUGAAUCGCCUCAAGAAUCAGGUGAUGAUACAGCUGCAAAUGACUCUCAAUUUGCAUGUUCUCAAUCACGUAAUAUUUUCGCAUCGAAUGGUGAUCCAUGGGGUGACUGGAAACCAAUGAAAUAUUGUCCUCCAUCAACAGCUAUCUGUGGUUUUUCACUAAAAUUAGAAGAUACACAAAACGAGGGAGAUGAUACAGCGGCAAAUGGAGCGAAAUUCGAAUGCUGUACUUUAUGA